AUGGAUUUUGAUGAGGAACGAAAUGAAGAAACUGACCAACCAAAUGAAGAUGUGGAAAUGGCUGAUAAAGUAGGCGAUAGGGAAGCCGAUGAAUUAAAACCUUCAAUCAAUGGUUGUUCAGUAAGAAAACUUUUUGUUGGACGCAUUUCUACGAAGACAACCGAAGUUUUUUACUUUCCAGAAUCAUUUAGAGAGUAUUUCAGCAAGUUUGGACAGGUAGCUGAUUCUGUACUAAUGUGUGAUAAAGACUCUGGAAGGCGACGAGGAAUUGGAUUUGUUAUAUAUGCUGACCCAGAAAUUGCAGAUAAAGUUUUAAAGGAAGACCAUACCAUAGAUGGUAAAAAGGUGGUCGUGGAGAAACCAGUAACUAAUACAACGAGAAUUUAUGUUGGCGGUCUUCCAUUAUCCUUGACUGAAGAUGAGUUGAAGGAACAUUUUUCUCCUUAUGGCUAUGUUGUGGAUCAUUGCAUCGUUUUGGAUAGAAGACAUGGUCGGAGCCGACGUUUUGGCUAUGUGAGUUUUGAUAAAGAGGAAGCAGUUGAAAAAGUUUUAUCUGAUGGCCAUAUGCAUGAACUUUGCGGCAAACAAGUGAGUAAUAAGGAAUUUAUACUGCCCAGAACUGAUUGUUGCCUCUUUUACUUUGAUGAAACAAAAAAAAAUUGUGUUUGUGGUGGCAGAAAUGGCGCCUGUGUAUAUGGGAACGCUGGUGCUGCUAAUGGAAGGUCUGUGCCUGCCUACAAUGGUUGUGGUCGUGGUUAUGGGAACAGUGGUAGAGGCUGGAGUGAUGGGGGCAACAGAGGAUAUGGAGGUGGUGGCAGAAAUGAUGCCUAUGCAUAUGGGAACUCCGGUGCUGCUAAUGAAAGGUAUGUGCCUGCCUACAAUGGUCGUGGUCAUGGUUAUGGGAACAGUGGUAACAGCUGGAAUGAUGGGGGGAACGGAGGAUAUGGAGGUGGUGGCACAAAUGAUGCCUAUGCAUAUGGGAACACCGGUGCUGCUAAUGAAAGGUAUGUGCCAGCCUACAAUGGUCGUGGUCGUGGUUAUGGGAACAGUGGUAACAGCUGGAAUGAUGGGGGGAACGGAGGAUAUGGAGGUGGUGGCACAAAUGGUGCCUAUGCAUAUGAGAACACCGGUGCUGCUAAUAGAAGGUAUCAUCCUUAUUGAAAGUGACAAGUUCGCCUCCAAGGCUGCAAAUAUUUGAUGAGUUUUGACUGUUGCAUUUAGGUGUAAAA